UGGAUUUUGGAAAAGUGUAGGAAUAAUAAUAUAUUUGAAGAGAAAAGUUGUUAUUUUAGUGUUUUUUCUACGUAUUUCAACUGAAGGGCGUUUGGAUGCGGUCGCAGAGAAUACUAGGAUAACGUUGUGGCGUUUUGGCAAAAAAGAAGCGAUAUUUUACGUAAAAAAAUUGAAAUUGUUUUGUCAUGAGCAAGUUUAGAAAUGAGAAGAAACCUCCGUCUCAACCACCUCCAGUGACCACAACGAACGAUAUUAUUCCAGGAAAAUUCAACGAAAACCAAUGGAAUUCUAUGGUCGAGGAGGAAAGCAGUCAGGAUUUUAUCCUGGAUCUCCUUGAUGAAAUACUUGACUGUACGGUGCAAGUCAUCCAUGAUAAAUAUAUCCAAAGUCAACUCCAGCCAUAUUCAGUUCAUGCUGCUAAAGACCUUCUCUUACAAAUCAUAGAGUCGAGAUUCCUCGAACAUGAUCUGGGGGAAGUGUCUCCUGCUAACGAUGUAACGUGGCUUGAAGAUGAAGAGCCAAUACCGUGCGUCACGGAUUCCUGGUCACAAGGCUCGGUUCCAGUCCAGCGUUGUCAGUCCAGACCAUUGUCAGCAAGAUGUGAAUCCAGGACUCUCACCCGGAGCUGCUCCGAGUCUAACUCUCUGGAGAACUCACCAAGAAGCGAGGGUGUAGAAAGUUAUGAAGAUCGAAAUGAAGUUGAACCUGAGGCGGAACGAAAUGAAACAACACAAGAGAGUUGUGAAACAGAAAUCCCCCCUCCCUUGGAAGUUGUUCCCUCGCCUCCACCUACUUCUAGGGUGGUAUCACCUGGUCGACGGAAGCACGUUGUAAAAACUACCAAAAAGACAACGCAAUCAGAAAGAAAAAAGUCGAAAACACAAGUUGUUGAACAGCGCGCAAGUCAGGCAGACCCCGUCGAGAACACCGGCUCAAUGAAACCAGUUCAACAGAUUCGAACAAGUAGAGCCCCUCCUGGUGAACAAGAAGUGACGUAUGAUGAACAGGGGAACAUUGUGGCUAUGAUGAGGUUUAGUGUGGAUAAACUACCAACACACAGAAUACGGCCUCGUUUCGGAAUUCUGGAUCCACAGACGGACCCAAUUCACCCCCUUUCGACACAGCCAGGUCGAAAAGGAACGAAGAAAGACGCAACUUUGAGCAGACAAGGGCGUUUAGCAGAUGUGAGGAGAAAAAGAGAGGUUAUACAGACGUUUAAAAGUCCUUCGAUGAAAUCUAAUAUGUCGCUGGAGAUCACUGAGGACAGCGAGGUUGUUAAGCCAUUACCCCCGCCAUUGUCGGACUCCAUGGAAAUCUCAGCCGGUGUGAUUGUUCGAGAAGGCGACAUUGUGCGUAAAGGUCCCAAAACGAUCCCAGCUGGUCGUCAAAAAUCCCCGACAGACAUUCUCAAUCUACAGCCUGUUGGAUCGCUGGCAAAAAGACAGACUAUCUCAGUGUCUGACGUCAUAGGUAACACGUCACCAGUAAUCAGGCAGAUGCGCAUACACGAACCCAUUCCCCCGAUCGCGCACCGCGGGUAAAAACAUGGCGAAUGCUGUGUAUAUAUUGGAUGAUAGAUUUUGUCAUAGAUAAGCCUUGCAUGUGCGCGUUUUUUGAGGAUUUUUCUGUUUGCGGUUUAAUCAAUACGUUGUUAAAGAUCUCAGAUAACUGUUUGGAUGCAUUAAAUUGUAAAUUGAAGUAUAAAAAACAAACAAAAUGGUUCAUAAAUAUGUUAUUAUGACAUUAUGUCUAAAAAACUAAAACGUUGAA